GCCCUUUGUGUCCCGGGCGGGCGGGCGGCGCGGGGCAGGCCGGGCCGCUGCGAGCGCCGCCGCGCCGCCGCUGCCGCCGAGGGCGGGGAGGGUGGGAGGUAGUGAGGCGGAACAACCGGCUCCGCCAUGGUGAAGAAGCGGAAAGGCCGCGUCCUUAUCGACUCCGAUACUGAGGAUAGCGGUAGCGAGGAGAACCUAGAUCAGGAGCUUUUGUCAUUGGCCAAACGGAAGCGUAGUGACUCUGAAGAAAAGGAGCCACCUGUGAGCAAACCUACAGCAUCUUCAGACUCUGAGACAUCAGACAGUGAUGAUGAGUGGACUGUUGGAGGUUCUAAAAACAAGAAAAAAGGCAAAGCGGGUAAGGCAGAGAAGAAAGGAACCAUGAAGAAGCAGACGAACAAAGCUGCCUCUUCAGGCAGCUCAGAUAAAGACAGCUCUGCUGAGAGUUCAGCACCUGAAGAGGGAGAAGUCUCUGACUCAGAAAGCAAUAGCUCCUCAUCUAGCUCAGAUUCAGAUUCUUCAUCAGAAGAUGAGGAAUUCCAUGAUGGCUAUGGAGAAGACCUGAUGGGAGAUGAAGAAGACCGAGCUCGUCUGGAGCAAAUGACAGAAAAGGAGAGAGAGCAGGAGCUGUUUAACAGGAUAGAGAAGAGAGAAGUGCUAAAAAGAAGGUUUGAAAUCAAGAAGAAACUAAAAACGGCAAAAAAGAAAGAAAAGAAGGAGAAAAAGAAAAAGCAAGAGGAAGAGCAGGAGAAGAAAAAACUCACACAGAUCCAGGAAUCCCAGGUCAUGUCACAUAACAAAGAGCGGCGAUCAAAGCGGGAUGAGAAGCUAGACAAGAAAUCUCAGGCAAUGGAGGAGCUAAAGGCAGAAAGAGAGAAAAGGAAGAACAGAACAGCUGAAUUGCUUGCAAAAAAACAGCCAUUAAAAACCAGUGAAGUAUACUCUGACGAUGAAGAGGAGGAGGAGGAUGAUAAGUCUAGUGAGAAAAGUGAUCGCUCAUCCAGAUCGUCGUCCUCUGAUGAAGAGGAAGAGAAAGAAGAAAUUCCUCCUAAGUCCCAGCCAGUGUCCUUGCCCGAAGAGCUGAACCGAGUGCGGUUAUCGCGACACAAGCUGGAGCGCUGGUGUCAUAUGCCCUUCUUUGCCAAGACAGUCACUGGCUGUUUUGUCCGAAUUGGCAUUGGAAAUCACAACAGCAAACCUGUUUAUCGAGUUGCUGAAAUAACUGGUGUGGUAGAGACUGCAAAGGUUUACCAGCUUGGUGGUACCCGGACAAACAAAGGACUACAGUUGAGGCAUGGCAGUGAUUCACGUGUGUUUCGUUUGGAGUUUGUCUCAAAUCAGGAAUUUACUGAAAGUGAGUUUAUGAAGUGGAAAGAAGCGAUGUUCUCUGCUGGGAUGCAGCUACCCACAUUAGAUGAGAUAAACAAGAAGGAAGUGUCCAUCAAAGAAGCUCUCAACUACAAGUUUAAUGACCAGGACAUUGAGGAGAUUGUGAAAGAGAAGGAAAGGUUCAGAAAAGCACCUCCAAAUUAUGCAAUGAAGAAAACUCAGCUGUUAAAGGAGAAGGCUAUGGCUGAGGACUUGGGGGACCAAGAUAAAGCCAAACAGAUUCAAGAUCAGCUUAACGAACUUGAAGAGAGAGCAGAGGCCCUGGAUCGUCAACGAACAAAAAACAUUUCAGCAAUCAGUUACAUCAACCAGAGAAAUAGAGAGUGGAAUAUCGUUGAGUCUGAGAAGGCUCUUGUGGCUGAAAGUCAUAACAUGAAAAAUCAGCAAAUGGACCCCUUUACUAGGCGACAAUGCAAGCCCACGAUAGUGUCUAACUCCAGAGAUCCUGCUGUCCAAGCUGCCAUUCUUGCCCAGCUUAAUGCAAAAUAUGGGUCUGGUGUAUUGCCAGAUGCUCCAAAGGACAUGAGUAAGGGUCAAGGGAAGGAUAAAGAUGUGAACUCCAAAUCAGCCAGUGACCUCUCAGAAGAUCUUUUCAAAGUGCAUGACUUUGAUGUAAAGAUUGAUCUUCAGGUUCCCAGUUCAGCAGAAUCUAAAGCAUUGGCCAUCACCUCCAAGGCUCCACCGGCAAAAGAUGGUGCCCCUCGGCGAUCAUUGAACUUGGAGGACUACAAAAAGAGGCGGGGGCUUAUUUGAGCAUGCCCACUCUGCUGCUUCUGAUCCUGCAUGCUCCAUGACGAUGUCCUACCUUUUCUUCCUCACUUUUCAGUUCUUCCUUCUGGGUUGGAGCAGCAAUGGAGCUGGGAAGAGACUCUUUAAAACUGCCAGUCAUCUGUAACAUAAACCAUUCAACUAUUUACUGUAUAGACCUCCCUUCUUGCCCUUUCCUCCUGCCCCCCUCACAAAUGUGGAUCUGUGCUAUUUGGGGUCUCCCCAUCUCUUUUAGUUUGAGUUUUGUUUUUAUUUUGUUGAUGCAGCUCGUUGGUCCACUCUGUGUUCAGUAUUAGCCUGAGGUCUGGAUUUCCAUAGGAAUGUCUUGGUGGUUGCAGAGUCGGCACUUGGUGAUCUUCCCCCAGAUACCACCACAGGCACGAUGAAUAAACAUUGGCGCAAGACCUUUGUGGCUGGAAGGUCAUCUGCACUUUCUUCCUCUUCUUCUUCCUCCUUCAUCCUAGCUUUGGAGAAGGGAAUCUUCAAAAACUGGCUUAGGUUCAAAGUGUAAAUUUUUUUGGGAGGGUCGUGUGACUUUUUUUCAGGUGUUUUUUAUCAUUUUUAAGCUGCAGUACUAUUUGUAUCCGUCUGUCACAGUUCUUUACGGCUGUUCUGAAUUUCUACCAGCUGUACUUGAGCAUCUGAAAUUGCAAGAAAGAAACUCAUUAAAUGUGAUUCUUCUUACUAAAACGGCUUGGCUGAUAAUAGCUGUUUAACUUCACGUUCCCUUUCUUAAUUGCACGUAACUGAUGAGAGAGAGGCACGCAGCUCUUGAUGUGGGACUUGUCAUCUAUAGCACAUUUGGAGUCUCCAGCUGUAACUGAGUGGAGUAGCUUUUUCUGGGAUGGCCCUGGGGUGCUCAUUGAUUGGGCUUUAAUUCCUUCUCCAAGCCUCCAGUAUAAUGCAUUUGUAAGUCAUCAUGUCUUCACUGAGCUUCAGCUCACUUUGUUUCUUGCUUUGUGAACCAUUGAAACAGGGCUUCUAUAAACAAAUGAACAAACAAAAUCACUUUGUGUGAAAGGGAAGGACACAGUAAGGACAUAAUAGAAAGGUCAGUGGGUAAUGUAUGAGAGGUAGCUGAUGCUCGGUUUUCAUAUGUAAACUGGUACAAGAGUGCAGUACUAGCACAGGAAUUGUAUGGCUUUAUGGAAUAUUUGACUGGGCACAAAGUGACAGCUAAAUUAUCACUCAGGUGUAAAAAAAAAAUUUAGAAAAUCAAAGUGUAAAUAUAAGUGACAUUUAACAAAGAACUUUUCCAAACAAGAUGCAACUGAAUAUAUGGGGCUAAGAACUAAAUUAAAAGAGAAUUAGAAGUCUAAAAGGUUAGAGGCCCUCGUUCAGGUAAGCGUGCAAGCACGUGUUUGUUCCUACUCAGGCCAGUACGUAUCUAAUAACUUAAGCACUGAACUGGAUAGGAAUGUUUCUGGGGGACCCUGAAGAGGGAAAAUGCUGAUGCUCUUCUUGUGUCAGAGCAUUACUGUUUUUCUGAAAUCAUUCACUGGUUAUGUUUAAACCUGUGUUUGAUACUUUCUUGUUGGAUUCUUAAUGAAACUUUAAUCUAGUUCUUAUUUAACUUUCUCUUCCAGUUUUGUUUUUUUUUUAACAGUAGCUUUAAAGAAACAUGUAAUUGUGUGCAGAUUGAUACUAUGAACUGUGUAUAAAAAGAAAACCUAUGAAGCAGCUCUUACCUACCGUGUAAACAAAUAAUCCGAAGUCCUCCAGUGCUUAUUUACUGAAUAGUCCAUGUUUCUAGGACACAUGUGGGUUAUUCUGUAAAUAUGUAAGCAUAGACUGUUUUAUUUGGUGGCCUAUUUUAGCAGCUUCUCUGGAGUUGUAGUAGGCUCAGGUAUAUGUACUUUUAACUUUUUAAGAGUGAAUUUAUGGAAUCUGCCAUACCAACUUCAUAGGAAACAUCAUGAUUCACUGUGUACAUAUGCAUUUGAUUAUGAUUUUGGUGUUGUUUUUUUUUCCAACAGCUUCAAUGAUGUUACAGAUUUGUAAUAAAAAAAAUCUAAACUCAUUUUGCAAUAGCCAGUUUUCCAAACAAUCACUCUCCAAUGCUGUGCAGAGAUAAUGCCAAAUCAGGAAUUGCUUUUACCACAGAAAUGCCUCAGAGCUCUGAGGCGCAGUGACAAGGGGUCUCAAAAGGUAAAGUUAGCCCCAAAUCCAUGUUUUUAAUAUUCUUGCCCUUGAUGUAUUGGUUUUAGGUAACUUCUACACUUGGUAACACAAGAAUAGGCUGUACUACAGCCAAAAUGUCAAUGAGACCCGUAUGGUGUUACAAGUAAUUUUUAGUGGAGAUAACCAGAGCAGACCUGAAUGAUAAUUAAUCUUGGUUAUCUGCAGCUAUGAAACUGCCACUUACCCUCUCAAAAUCUCUGGAUUAUGCUGAGAUACUGGUUUUAAGAGAGGUAACAGUAAAUUACCAUGCAAACCUCUUAUAUCAAGAAUAAUACAUCAAGAAAUUACUCUUGAAUAGUUACAGAACUGUGUAUGAAAGCUGUAUCUUUUUUCCUUUAAGUGCAUGUAAAGGUGAGUGACUACACCUCCCACUUGUUAGAGAGGGAGAGAUUUGUUUGCUUUGUUUCACUGGUGUCCUAGCAUAGUUCAUCACAAUUGUACAGACUUCUAUAAAUAAACUUGGUUUGUUGGUUUAA